AGCCCGUGCUAGCGUUACCGCAGAUACCGGACAGCAGAGAUGGAUGACGGUGAUGAGCCGGGGAUCGUCCUCUCUCACAACACUUCUUCAGGCUCUAAGUCGGGCGGGGACAAGAUGUUUUCCCUAAAGAAGUGGAACGCUGUGGCGAUGUGGAGCUGGGACGUUGAGUGCGAUACUUGUGCCAUUUGCCGGGUACAAGUGAUGGACGCUUGUCUUCGAUGCCAGGCGGAAAACAAACAGGAGGAUUGUGUUGUUGUGUGGGGCGAGUGCAACCACUCCUUCCAUAACUGCUGCAUGUCCCUUUGGGUGAAGCAGAACAAUCGCUGUCCCCUCUGUCAGCAGGACUGGGUCGUUCAGAGAAUCGGCAAAUAAGCUCCAUCUCCAGGUGGUCUGACUCUCUGACGACACCUGUAAGCACCCGAAAGUGGUGACAGACUUGACAAUGAUCACUGCAGCGUCCUGUGCAGAGAAACACUGACACCGACAACUCUCUGUCCUCCUACUUAUGAAUGCAUGUUCCAGUAGUCCUGGUGUCAAAGGAGGACGAUGGACAAAAUUAAAGCAGCACAGGUCGGUUGGUCACUGAUUGGUUGAUGUGGCUGGAUGGAUCGUGAAGAGAAGGACGGACCUCGUUGCAGUGUUUGGUCAGAUGUUAGCUUUACUUUAUUGUCUGUGGUGGUAUUCAGCACAUCUUGAAUAUGUGACUGUCUUUUUAAAAAAUAAAGAAUUGUGUAUAGCUGUAAAAA